AGGUGGAGGUAGCGGCAGCGCCUGCUGCCCGUUUCCUGCUGGCCUGGCGGCGGCUGGUGCCGCUGCUGCAGCACUGGGCGGGCGGGAGAAUGCGGCGCAGGUCUCGGCUGCUGCUCUGCUUCGCUUUCCUCUGGGUGCUGGGCAUCGCCUACUACAUGUACUCGGGGGGAAGCGCCGCGCUCGCCGGAGGCGGCAGGAAGGAGGACCCAAAUAAUAUCAAUGCAUUAAAAAAGAAAGAUCAACACAGUAAUAAUGGAGAUGAAAAGUCACAAAUCAUGGAGACCCUACCACCAGGAAAAGUUAGGUGGCAAGACUUUGACCAGGAAGCUUAUGUUGGAGUUACCAUGGUCAAAGCUGGUCAAGACCCAUAUGCCCGUAAUAAGUUUAAUCAAGUGGAGAGUGAUAAACUGCGAAUGGACCGAAGUGUACAAGAUACUAGACAUGAUCAAUGUCAGCGGAAACAGUGGCGGAUAGACUUACCAUCUACUAGCGUAGUAAUCACUUUUCACAAUGAGGCACGAUCAGCUUUGCUUCGAACAGUUGUCAGUGUUCUCAAAAAAAGUCCACCACAUCUUAUCAAGGAAAUCAUAUUGGUAGAUGACUUCAGUAAUGAUUCUGAGGAUGGUUCUCUCUUAGGUAAAAUUGAGAAAGUGCGAAUACUUCGAAAUGAUCGCCGGGAAGGUUUGAUGCGCUCCCGUGUUCGAGGGGCAGAUGCAGCACAGGCUAAAGUACUGACGUUCUUGGACAGUCACUGUGAAUGCAAUGAGCACUGGCUGGAGCCUCUUCUGGAAAGAGUAGCUGAGGACAAGACCCGCGUUGUGUCUCCUAUAAUUGAUGUGAUUAAUAUGGACAACUUCCAGUAUGUGGGGGCAUCAGCUGAUUUAAAAGGCGGCUUUGAUUGGAAUUUGGUAUUCAAGUGGGAUUACAUGACGCCUGAGCAAAGAAGAGCACGGCAAGGAAACCCAGUUGCUCCCAUAAAAACACCAAUGAUAGCUGGUGGACUCUUUGUAAUGGACAAACUUUACUUUGAAGAGCUGGGGAAGUAUGAUAUGAUGAUGGAUGUAUGGGGAGGAGAAAAUCUAGAGAUUUCAUUCCGUGUGUGGCAGUGUGGUGGGAGCCUUGAAAUAAUCCCAUGCAGCAGGGUUGGCCAUGUGUUCCGCAAGCAACAUCCUUAUACCUUCCCAGGAGGAAGUGGUACUGUUUUUGCAAGAAAUACACGUAGAGCAGCAGAAGUCUGGAUGGAUGAAUACAAAAAUUUCUAUUAUGCAGCAGUGCCUUCAGCCAGAAAUGUACCUUAUGGCAAUAUUCAAAGCCGAAUGGAGUUGAGAAAGAGACUUAACUGUAAACCAUUCAAGUGGUAUCUUGAAAAUGUGUACCCUGAGUUAAGGGUGCCUGAUCACCAGGAUAUAGCUUUUGGGGCCUUGCAGCAAGGAACCAAUUGCCUUGACACUUUAGGCCAUUUUGCAGAUGGUGUUGUUGGCGUUUAUGAAUGUCAUAAUGCCGGGGGAAACCAGGAAUGGGCCUUAACGAAGGACAAGUCAGUGAAACAUAUGGAUUUGUGCCUUACUGUUGUAGACCGAGCUCCCGGCUCACUCAUAAAACUUCAGGGCUGUAGAGAAAACGAUGCCAGGCAGAAAUGGGAACAAAUUGAAAGCAAUGCUAAACUGAGGCACGUGGGCAGUAACCUGUGUUUAGACAGCCGAAAUGCCAAAAACGGUGGUCUGACUGUUGAAAUCUGCAAUCCUUCGCUGUCGCAGCAGUGGAAGUUCACACUUAAUCUACAGCAGUAGAAGGGCUUGCACAGAUGUACUGUCUCAUUUCCUAAACCUUGGGCAACAUUUUGAUUGCGUUACCGACACUUUAUAUACCUCAGUAUUCCAUCUUUGUCUGAAAGUAGGGCAAUGACAACUAAAGUGAACGAAAGGGAAGCAAGUGAACCAGGGACCUUGCCAUUGUCUGAUCAAAUAAAGCUACAGCGCGGCUCACUCUCUUCCACCAUAAAGGCUUACCAGUUCCUGUUCAGCUUCAAGCUAGUAUUUACACAGCAGAUGAUUAACAUCCCUAGAAACAACAGAUGCACAGUAGAAAACUGCUUUCAACACACAAAGGGAGGGAGGGGAAGGGUGGGAAUAGUUGGGAGGGGAGUAAAUUGCUUGGAGAAGAUCAUUGGCAGUCUCCAUUUACAUAGAAAUCGGUGUUUGUGGAUUCCAGAAAUCAGAGCAUCAUUUUGAAAGGUUUGCCAUGUGUACUUGGUAUAUUUGACCGUGGACUUUUCUAUGACAGGACUCUAAAAUAUAAACAUUAUAUAUAUAUAUAUAUAAAAAAAUAUAUAUUGUCAAAAUUUACAACUUUCUAUCAAUUUUUCAUCAUCCUGUAAUUUAUCAACAAAGCAUUUUAACACUUGACUAGAAAAUGGAUUGGACAGUUGUAGAAGAACAAAACUUUGUGAAGAAGCAGGUUUGUGCUGCUGAGUGGUGUUCAUGCAAACACUGGAUGCUUCUGCUUUGUACAGUGUGCCUACUUCUUUGCGCUUCAUCGUCUUGGGAAAUGCCGGACCUCUAUAGAGGGUGACGGAAUGGCAGAAAGAGCCUUGUACGCUUCAUCUCACCAGCAUUGUCACCUCCAGUUGGGGAAAACAUGCCGUGUGCUCUGGAUAUCCGUAAACUUGGUAUUUGUGUUGGGCAGUUCUAGACUACUUUGUCUUAAAAGAAAUAGUUUGAUCUUUUUAAAAUAACGCAGCUAUGAGGAUUUAGCCUUUAGGUUGCGUUCUUCGGUUUGCUUUCCUUUUUCUCCUUUUAAAAAGUUGUCAGAAUGACAGACAGCACAAGACCGCAGUAGCCUUUUCAUGGAAGCAUGAGCAGCUAGCUACUAAAUAUCAGCAGCAUCGCCGCUGUUAUGCACCUGCUCUUGGGGUGUCAUGGCUUGCGUUUUCUUUUUAUCUGUCCUUUAGUGUUUCAAACAGGGCUGUAGGAAAAUAAUCUGGGUGCAAAUAGUACAGUAGAAGCAGACAUUUCAAUCUAUCUGCUAUUUUUUUUAUCAAGGUAAUGUCAGGAGACAUCUUUGACUGUUUUUAACCCCUGCAUUAGACUUUUUCAACACACACACAGCUUAUGUAAGAUUUUAGAAAGUAAAAUGAAGGGAUUUGAAAGUGAUUAUGAAAGGACAAAGACAAAUUAUGCAAUCAUGUCUUGACAGUGUUCUCUUCUGGCUAUAUAGGUCUGAGAGUAUUCCAUAAAUUGCAUUUUCCUUGAUAGCUGUAGCAUUUGCCACAAAAUGCUCCCCAUGCAUAUAAGGACUUUAACGUCUCAGAACCCUACUUCAAAUAGGCCGGUGAAUAUUUGGAUUUAUAUGGCAUGUUUGUGAUCUCUGCAGAUACUGUUUUGACAUGUUGUAUGGACAUUAUGCGGUUUGAACCUACAAUGCUUUUUCUUUGGAUAGGGGACUGUGUGUGAAUAUCACCCUCUUCCACCCCAAAUUUCCCUCCUCCUUGCUAAAAGCCCCGAUGUAUAUUUUAUUUAAAUAUGACCUUGGCAGCAAAAAUAGAGAAGCCUUGGGUUUGUAUUUUUCAGGCUUCAUUUUCUUUUCAGUGAACCAAAGCUUGAGGUGAAGACAACAAUUCUUUGAUCUCUUUAAUAUUUGGGGCCAUAAGCAUUGAACGUCUAAUUACGGCAUUGGUUAUAAUCCAAUGUUUCAGGGGUGAAAACUCCCCAGGAAUAAAAUCAGGCUAAAUGUAUUUUUCUUGUGAUUCAGAAGUUAGCAGACAGAUCAGUUGCUAAAAUUGUAGAAGGCUGUUAUCGAAACAGAUUUCCUAGUAAGAUUUAACAAUGUCUCUCCACUCCAAAAAGUCCUAAAUGUCAGCUAUGUAUUGUAAAAUGGGAAUACAGUUCUUAAAUUCUAGAGAUGCUAUGCAGAAAGAAUCUCUAUAUUGAGGCUAAGCUGUGGGUGAUGGUAUUGUAUGGACCCUGGAUCAAAACAGAAAUAUGGUAAUGUGAUGUUAGCUAUGUUUACAUGACACAGUGUGCCAAAGUAAUUUACUGUGACUUCAUCUUUUUUUAAAAAGUUUAUGGAUUUCAGGUGCAGUGCACGAAGCAUUGCUGUUGCACACAUCCUCUUGUACGUGGGCAUACUAAGGAGCCCUGUUUGAAAAUGUUUUGAAAUUGAGGAUAUGUAGUGGCAGUCAGUGGUUUAGGUAUAAGAAAUAGCCAAACAACUCCCCCCGCUCCAUUUUAUAAUAAAUUGCCAGGAGAUGUGGAAACAAAUUGCAAUGUCAUUUCUGUUCUAACCUUAUCUUAGUGUCUUCAAAGCAAAAAUAAUGAUGGUACAUGUGAAUUUCAUUUUGCAAAUUAAAUAUAAUUUUGGAACUGUCAUUUCAGUUGGUUCUUUAAAAUCUGCUGUACAGAGCUUGUACUUUGUUCAUUUUAUAGAUGGAAACCAUCCUUGAAAAAACUGUUUGUUUAACUUAAGAAAAUAAAUACUUUAUAGAUAA